AAAAGUGCGGGGGCUGACGGGAUAGCGGCGGUCACAGGAGGGUGGGGCGUGUUUGCAGCAGGAGGGACAGACAGACAGACGGGGAGCUGGUCGGAGCGAGAGACCCGGUCAGCAAAGGAUUCCUCCAGCAUCAGGAUGUUCUUUACGUGUGGCCCCAAUGAGGCCAUGGUGGUCUCGGGCUUCUGCCGCAGCCCCCCAGUGAUGGUGGCAGGGGGCCGGGUCUUCGUCCUCCCCUGCAUCCAGCAGAUCCAGAGGAUCUCCUUGAACACGCUGACCCUGAACGUGAAGAGCGAGAAGGUUUAUACCCGGCACGGGGUCCCCAUCUCUGUCACUGGCAUCGCCCAGGUGAAGAUCCAGGGCCAGAACAAGGAGAUGCUGGCGGCUGCCUGCCAGAUGUUCCUCGGCAAGUCGGAGAGCGAGAUCACCCACAUCGCGCUGGAGACGCUGGAGGGACAUCAGCGGGCCAUCAUGGCCCACAUGACUGUGGAGGAAAUCUACAAGGAUCGGAAGAAGUUCUCAGAGCAGGUUUUUAAAGUGGCCUCUUCAGACCUGGUCAACAUGGGCAUCAGCGUGGUGAGCUACACGCUCAAGGACAUUCACGAUGACCAGGAUUAUCUGCACUCGCUGGGGAAAGCCAGGACCGCCCAGGUGCAGAAAGACGCCCGGAUGGGGGAAGCUGAGGCCAAGAGAGACGCCGGCAUCAAGGAGGCCAAGGCGAAGCAGGAGAAGCUCUCUGCCCAGUACUUAAGCGAGAUCGAGAUGGCCAAGGCGCAGCGGGACUACGAGCUGAAGAAAGCCACCUACGACAUCGAGGUGAACACCCGCAAGGCCGAGUCCGACCUGGCCUAUCAGCUGCAGGUGGCCAAGACCAAGCAGAAGAUCGAGGAGCAGAAGAUGCAGGUGCUGGUGGUGGAGCGGACCCAGCAGAUCCAGCUGCAGGAGCAGGAAAUCAUCCGCAAGGAGCACGAGCUGGAGGCCACGAUCAAGAAGCCGGCCGAGGCCGAGCGCUACCGGCUGGAGAAGCUGGCGGAGGCCCAGAGGUAUCCACUGAUCAGCCCCCCCCCCCUGCAGGUGAAGGGGGAGGCUCAGGCGUUCGCCAUCGAAGCCAAGGCGCGGGCGGACGCCGAGCAGAUGGCCAAGAAGGCGGAGGCGUUCCAGCAGUACCAGGACGCCGCCAUGGUCGACAUGCUGCUGGAGAAGCUGCCCCAGGUGGCGGAGGAGAUCAGCAAGCCGCUGAGCGCGGUGAAGAAGAUCACCAUGGUGUCGAGUGGCAGCGAGGGCGUGGGCGCGGCCAAGAUGACGGGGGAGGUGCUGGAAAUCAUGAGCAAACUCCCCGACACUGUGGAGAAACUCACCGGCAUCAGCAUCUCCCAGAUGAGUCAGAAGAAGCCGGGGCGAAUGUCCUAGUCGCUGGAAGUCAGGGGGGCUCUGCCCCGAGCCGCGCAUGUCCCUGAGCCCCCCCCCCAUUCUCCUUGCUGUGUGUGUCUCAGGCCCCCCCUCAUGCUGGCUGCCCCCCGAGGGGGGGAUGUGCAGGGCACCAGCCACUGAGCCCCGUGGGUCAAUGCCACCUCCCGUGUACCCUCGCCAGCCCCCCAACCUCUCCCCCUUCCUGAAGAGCUAGGGGGGGUUGCUCCUCACACCACCCUAACCUCGCCUGGACCCUUGUAUUCCUGUGGGAUCAGCCCCACAGACCCACUCCCUCGCUCCGUCAUCUCUUCACAUCCAAGAUCAUCCUGAGGGAGAAGCUCCGUCACCUCCAGCUCUGGAACGGCGGGCGCCAUGUCUUUAUUGUCAUUCAGGAGGUGCAGCUUUGAAGUCUGUUUUCUCAAGAGCCGCAGAGUGAGAAACAAACCCUUUAUACUG